AUGGUUUAUUUUCCAUCUAUUGAUAACUUUUUGGAGAUUUCCUCUGAAAAUUCUUGCCAAAUUGCAUAUAGUUUUCUUCAUGAUUUCUUUUUGGCUUUGAGUCAAUUCUUCGACUUCUUCUACAAUCACAAUUGGUUUGGCUACAACUUUAGCUGCAUAUCUGUGCUCUUCAAUAGAAUUCUCAAACUCAACUGUGGUUAA